ACUAGUGUCAGCCGAUAGAAUACAUUUCGACGGUGAACACCGCGCUCUAGCCAGAGGCAUUAGUUGCUUAAAGAGCAUUCCCCGAAUCUCAUUAAUCUUCACUUCACCCUGACGCCCAUUCAAGCAGCGAAUGCCGGACAGGGCCUGCAUCCCACCCUUCAGCAAUUGAUUCACCUCCCAUCUCUUGAAAGAUCAGGAAAGUUUGCUACUGCUGCUUGGUAGAGAUUGCUUCCUGAAGUAGGCGUUCAGGCACGACUUCGAACUCUCAGUACAUCACAGUCUUGCGUAGCUCCGCGCACCCAGUAGAUCUCGACAGAUAGUGUAAUUGCAGGUCUUCAAUACCAACAAUGGCACCACGAGCUGAGGAGCUUAAUGUCGUCGGAUCAGGUGAGCAAAUUGAUGCGGCAUCUUCAGACAUGAUGCAUGAUGACAACACAUCUCCGUACUGCAUUGGCCAACUCGGUAAUGGAGCAGUUCAUGGUGCGGAUCCUCUCAACUGGGCCAAGACCGCCAAGGCCAUGGAAUGCAGCCACCUCGAAGAAAUCAAGCGGAUGGUCGACACUUACCAAAAUGCCACCCAGGUCAUGAUCGAGGGAGCCACCCUCACUGUACCUCAGGUAGCAGCCAUUGCUCGCAGACCUGAGGUGCAUGUCGUGCUCGAUGCUGCCAAUGCCAGGAGUAGAGUGGACGAGAGCUCCAACUGGGUGCUCGACAGGAUCAUGGGCGGAGGUGACAUCUACGGCGUUACCACCGGGUUCGGAGCGACCUCUCAUCGUCGCACGCAGCAAGGAGUGGAGCUUCAGCGCGAACUCAUCCGCUUCCUGAAUGCGGGAGUCCUCAGCAAGGGUAACUCCCUGCCAUCCGAGACUGCCCGAGCGGCGAUGCUAGUGCGUACCAACACGCUAAUGCAGGGCUAUUCUGGCAUCCGCUGGGAGAUCCUACAUGCUAUGGAGAAGCUACUCAACGCGCACGUCACCCCCAAGUUGCCCUUGCGGGGUACCAUCACGGCAUCCGGCGACCUCGUCCCCUUGUCGUAUAUCGCCGGCCUGCUUACCGGUCGCCCCAAUUCCAAAGCCGUCACCGAGGACGGACGAGAGGUUUCCGCACUGGAGGCCUUGCGCAUCGCAGGCGUGGAGAAGCCGUUCGAGCUGGCGCCCAAGGAAGGGCUGGCCCUUGUCAACGGCACCGCAGUCGGUUCAGCCCUCGCUUCCACCGUGUGCUACGAUGCCAACAUCAUGGUGUUGCUCGCCGAGGUUCUGUCCGCGCUCUUUUGCGAGGUAAUGCAGGGCAAGCCUGAAUUUGCCGACCCCCUGACUCACAAGCUGAAGCACCACCCCGGACAGAUGGAGGCUGCGGCUGUCAUGGAGUGGGUGCUGGACGGGAGUUCCUUCAUGAAGGCUGCCGCCAAGUUCAAUGAGACCGACCCCUUGCGCAAGCCCAAGCAGGACAGAUACGCGCUGCGAACUUCCCCGCAGUGGCUGGGCCCUCAGGUGGAGGUCAUCCGCAACGCCACCCACGCCAUCGAGCGGGAGAUCAACUCUGUGAACGACAAUCCCAUCAUCGAUGCUGCCAGGGGCAUCGCUCUGCAUGGCGGCAACUUCCAGGGCACGCCCAUCGGCGUGUCUAUGGACAACAUGCGCCUCUCUCUGGCCGCCAUCGCUAAGCUCAUGUUCGCACAAUUCUCCGAACUUGUGAACGACUACUACAACAACGGAUUACCCUCCAAUUUGAGCGGGGGACCCAACCCCAGCCUGGAUUACGGCAUGAAAGGGGCAGAGAUCGCCAUGGCCUCGUACUUGUCGGAGAUUAACUACCUAGCCAACCCGGUCACCACCCAUGUCCAAAGCGCGGAGCAACACAACCAAGAUGUGAACUCACUGGGAUUGGUGUCAGCCCGCAAGACGGAGGAAGCCAUGGAGAUUCUCAAGCUCAUGAGUGCCACCUUCUUGGUAGGCUUGUGCCAGGCUAUCGACCUGCGUCAUGUCGAAGAGACCAUGCAGUCGGCUGUGAAGCAAGUAGUGACACAGGUGGCCAAGAAGACGCUCUUCAUGGGCAGCGACGGAUCACUGCUGCCAUCACGCUUCUGCGAGAAGGAACUACUGAUGGUAGUGGAUCGUCAGCCGGUGUUCAGCUACAUCGACGAUUCCACCAGUGAUUCAUACCCUCUAAUGGAGAAACUGCGAGGGGUGCUGGUGAGCCGUGCCUUGAAGAGUGCCGACAAGGAGACCUCCAACGCAGUAUUUAGGCAGAUUCCAGUGUUUGAGGCAGAGUUGAAGCUUCAGCUGAGCCGUGUGGUGCCCGCGGUGCGAGAAGCAUAUGACACAAAGGGACUAUCCUUGGUUCCAAACAGGAUUCAAGACUGUAGGACGUAUCCAUUGUACAAGCUAGUGCGCGGAGACUUGAAGACGCAGCUCCUGUCGGGGCAGAGGACGGUGUCUCCGGGGCAAGAGAUUGAGAAGGUGUUUAAUGCCAUUUCUGCCGGCCAAUUGGUGGCUCCUUUGUUGGAAUGCGUUCAAGGCUGGACCGGCACACCAGGCCCCUUCUCCGCUCGCGCCUCUUGCUAGUUGACACUUCUUUAUCUCCCAAUUUUGUCAUGAUUCUUCAAUUCAUCUUCGUGCGUCACAUUGACGUUACAAUUAAUAUUUAACAUUCGUAGGAACUGUAGGAGAUUCUUGUGUAAAUGCUUGAAGUUGAGGUUGUGUGGUGCCUUCACCUUGUGUGGUGCUUUCACCUUGACCUUUGUUAACACAUAGAGCACUGCAAAUGCCUAGUUGUGUAUAUAUUUCCUACCUUCAGAAGCAAAAGAAGUAGAAAGGUUCAAUUAGAAGAGGAAGAAAGGUUCAAUUAUGGUGUCUCUUGUUUGCAAGGAAAAAUGAAUAAGAGUUCACUUCAUCAACAGCCAAGACAUGUACUUGAUUGGUCAUGGAGUUCACUUCAGCAACA